AUGGCUUCUCAGGGGCAGAAGAAUUGGGGACUCCUCGAGCAGUACUUAACGCCGGCCCUUCUCCAGGGCCUUCGAGAGUUCUGGUACGAGCAUCUUGAGAAUGAGGAGGAUUUUAUCAUGCCGACGGCGGAUCAUAGCCGGCGGUGGUACAUGGGUGGGAAAGAACUCGACAAUAUGUGUUUGGACCGUUUCGCCCCCGCGCUUGAAGCGAUCCGCGAGUCUGGAGCCACGACGGGUGCUGACGUGCUGAGAGCCGCUCAACCACGCGAACCGCUUGAUUGGCUGAGCCUUGUUAUUCUGCUUGAUCAGAUCCCGCGGAAUUGCUACCGAGGCGAGCAAUCAAAGAUUGUAUUCAAGUUCUUUGACCCCAUCGCACAGCAGGUGUCCUUGGAAGCCAUCGAACAAGGCUUGCCGGAUCAGAACCCUAGGAUCCGGUGGAAUUUCGCCUACCGCAGCUGGUUCUACAUGCCUCUCAUGCACUCAGAGUCACUUUCUGCCCACGACAAGGCAGUUGAGGAGUACAUCCUGCUCGAGAAGGAUGUAUUAUCGCUUGCCGAGGGACUGGUGUCGCCGGAAGCGGAUGAUUUAGAGAAGCGGGCGAGGGAGGUGAUCCAGCGCAAUGUGAAGGCGGCCAAGGGCAUGGCAGAGACCAAUGUGGCGUUCGAAAAGAAGCACCGUGAUAUUAUCCAACAGUUUGGGCGAUAUCCGCACCGGAACAAAGCGAUGGGCCGUGAGCCGACGACAGCUGAGACGGAGUAUCUCGAGAAUGGAGGCGAAACCUUUGGCGGAUGA